UCUUUCAGUUCAAUCGGAUGUUCUCGUGCGAUUUCGACUUAUUGCCGAAAAUGGCCGAGCAAAUCUCAGAAAACCUUCGGGAUUAUCUUUUGGAUGUACUACUACCGGAACGUACAUCUUGUGACCUAAAAAACAUAAGUGUUCUUUCAGCUUUUCGCACCUUACACAAAACUAGAAUAAAGAUUUUUAAUGGAGACGAAGUUGCAUUAAAUGCUGGACGAAUGAAGAUUAACGAUCAGUUCAAACAGCACAAAAACGAAACUGACGUCGCUCAAAUUGAACAGCUUGUACAAUUGGCUGAAGACAGCGAGAAGGUACUGAGGACCACAGUGGUUCAGGCCAGAGAGAGAGAUGAUGGGAUAUUUGAAAUGCACGUGACACCAGACACAAAAUUUGGCGUUAAUACCAUUUUUGAUCCGGAAGCAGAAAUUCCUACUCCGAGGAAGAAGAAGUCUUGAUAUUUUUAUUUAUUUAUUUACAUUAUGUUUAUUGUUUGUCCAAGACCGGGGUUUAGCACAAGUUUAAUUUUAAUUAUUAGAUGGUGUGGAGUGAACUGCGUUUUUGGCAUUGGAUAUUAAUGUGAUGGUAUGCCAUGAACAUAUUAUAACUGUUAUCAAUUUAGCAGAUUGUGUUGUCAUACAAACUCAGUUCAGUGAUGUUUUACUAUUACUAAUAUAAUAAAAGUGUAUUAUAAAGUUUGGCAGGUGUUUAUAGGGUACAGCUGUGUCAGAAAGGUAUAGUUUCUGUGAGUGGAGUUGUUUUCAUGUGAAAGUGUGUAAAAUAUGUCUUGAUAAUAAAAUGUAACAUGUG